AUGACAUUCAAUGAAAAUGUAACAACUACAAGAAUUUCAUUCAUUCAAGAACAAAAACUUAUUAGUAAAAACUUUAGUAAAAUCGAGCAAAGUACAUUAACAUGGAGUACUAUUGCACUUGCUUGUAUUACUUGUCUUAUUUUCAUCUAUAUUGGAAUAAAAACUUUUACCAUACAUAAAAAACGUCAAAUAAGAAGAUAUAAGCUACUCAAUAGUAGUACUACAAUAGAAGAACCUCUCUUCAAUGGACAUGAUAAUGACGAAGAAGAAAAUGACGAUGGCACAUUGCUCGUUCGCAAAUAA